AGUCUCAACACGCGUCCAAAACCAAAGGCUACGAUGCUAUCGAUCGAGAGAGGAAGAAGGCUCGUGCCAAAGACUUAAGUGGGGGCGAGUCUCCUCUCUCGCCGACUCACCCUCGCCCAUGGACGACACCGACGAGCUCGAAAUCCUCGUCUCCAACCAACGCCGCGAACUCAUGUCCGCCCGGAUUGCCGAGUCCGACCUCGACCUCGCCUUCCGCCUUCAGAUGGAGGAGGCCAUGGCCGCCUCCCUCGCCGUCCUCCCCUCCCACUCCUCUUCCUCCUCCUCCGGCCCACGGCCGCCGCCACCUCCGCCCCCCUCCGGCGAUGAAGACGACGAGAUCUCCCAGGUCAUGGCCCUCCAAGCCCUAGAACUCGAACGCUUCCACCAAGAGAGACGAGACAGUGAGCAUUGCCAGGCCGAGUUCCGCCGCAUAGCCGAGGAUCUCCGCCGCCGCACCCACGACGAGCGCUUCGCCCGCGAGAUCGUCCACAUCUCGGACAAAGAAUGGGAGGAGUGGGGGGACGAAUUCGAGCGGCCGAUCGAGGCGGUUCGCAACGAGGAGGAGCCGCCGUUCCGGCUUUACUUUAAGGGCAUGACGAGCCGGGACUCCGUGAGGGGGAGGUGGCUCCAGCUUUCCGCCAUUGCGGCGGCGGUCUGCGAUCCCCAGGACAACCUCUUACUCAAAAUCCAGAAGCCGAUGCCGACGGCUGGCCGGGAAGUUUUUGAGGUCAAGGCGUUGAUCGAGGGGCUUAGUGCGGCUCUGUCUUUGGGCAUCAAGAGGAUCGAUGUGUUCUGUGACUAUAGAACUCUAUUUAAUCACAUUACAGGGAGAUGGUUUGUGAGACAGAACAAGGUUGCAAACAUAAUCAAUCAAGCAACAUUGCUGCAAGGGAAAUUCGAAAGAUGUCAAAUUUUCUUGCUUCCACGAUGCCAUAUCAAGUUUGUGUACAGAUUAGCAAGGGAUGUGAUAGAUUCUCAGAUCAACAAAAAUGUUGAGUUGGGUGGCAAUCAAAAUCUGAAGGAGACUUGCAAGAUCUGUCUAGAAGUUACAGAUCCUCCUCAAAUGUUUGUUGUUGGUGGUUGUUUGCACUGCUUUUGCUAUUCCUGUAUGAAACAACAUGUGGAAGUUAAGUUACUUCAUGCAAUGCUCCCUGGUUGCCCACAUGAUGGCUGCAAUACUAGGCUUGAUGUGGAGAGUUCCAGGAAAUUUUUGUCACCUAAAUUACUAGAUAUUAUGGUCCAGCGCAUAAAGGAAGCAUCAAUUCCUCCAAGAGAGAGAAUUUAUUGCCCAUACCCAAUGUGCUCAGCUCUGAUGUCAACAAGUGAAGCAAUACACCCUCAGCAGGUUGCUUCUUCUAAGCAAUUCAUUGAUACAUCUGGACUUAGAAAAUGUAUUAAAUGCACUGGCCUUUUCUGUAUCAACUGUAAGGUUCCAUGGCACGAGAAAAUGUCAUGCUUUGAGUAUAAAAGGUUAAAUCCAAACCCCCCUGCAGAGGAUUCAAAGUUACAGUCCCUUGCAAAACAGAAGUUGUGGCGCCAAUGUGUGAAAUGUAACCAUAUGAUUGAACUAGCAGAAGGUUGUUUCCAUAUGACUUGCAGAUGGAGAAUUACUGUCGAGAAUGGAGAUCUUGACCAGAUGCCUAGCUGUGAUCCUCCUCCUCCUCCUCUGAGUGAUGAAAAGGCCUUUGAAUUUGUCUGCUUGCUUCUUCGAUGUACCACUUAUUGAAGACCAGGUCAACCCUGGUAAGAGUUCAGGUUGUUAUGAGAUAAAAAAGUGGGAGUGGGAUAACAAAAUAUCUUUCAUUUAUAUGAAAAUUCAACUAUUUAAGUCAUAUGUAAAUCUGAAUCUUGUACAAAUUAGAAGUUGUAUUACAUAUAUCUCAAAUUUUUAAUCUCUGAUCAAGGGUGGUUGUUUUGUUAAGGGUAUACAUGUAUGUAUGUAUCAGGUUUUGACAGUGUGCUUGUCAAAAUUCCUUGUUUCCUUUCCAAUUUGAUUUUUAAUUUUUUCCCUUAAGUGCCAGGCUAUAAUUUUAUUGGGAUUUUUUAUUUCUUCUCCACAUGAUUGCUUCAUUCUCAUAUAACCUACUAAAAAUGCAUGCGCUGUCAGAUUUAUGGAUUUGUCUGACAUGCUUGGAUUGGUUCAUUUUGACAGUGUGCUUGUCAGAAUUCCUUGUUUGCUUUUCCAAUUUGAAUUUUAAUUUUUCCCCUUAAGUGGUAGGCUAUAAUUUUAUUGGGAUUUUUCUUUUCUUCUCCAAAAUUAUCUUUUUGCGAUUACUUCAUUCUCAUAUAUUAUAACCUAAUAAAAGUGCAUGCACUGUCAGAUUUAUGGAUUCGUUUUUUGCUAGCCCCUUUUCACUAGUGUUUUCGACCAAGGGAAAUUUGUUUGUCUU